GCGUUGGAAGGUUCGAAUCCAGUUGAACCACCAUUUCAUCUCUCUCUCUCUCCCUCAAAAUAAAAAAAAAAAAAAAAAAAAUUCCAGUUGAGAUCGAGAACUUUGUGAGAGAAAAACCCUAAUGGCGAAUUUGGAAGACAUUCCUUCAGCAGAUCUCAUGACCGAACUCUUGCGUCGCAUGAAGUGUUCCACCAAACCAGACAAACGCCUCAUUCUCAUUGGCCCACCUGGAUCUGGAAAAGGCACUCAAUCCCCAAUCAUUAAGGAUGAGUAUUGUUUGUGUCACUUGGCUACUGGUGAUAUGCUGAGGGCUGCUGUUGCUGCUAAAACCCCUCUUGGUAUUAAGGCCAAAGAAGCUAUGGACAAGGGAGAACUUGUUUCUGAUGAUUUGGUUGUUGGGAUGAUUGAUGAAGCAUUGAAGAAGCCUUCAUGUCAAAAAGGUUUCAUCCUUGAUGGAUUUCCAAGGACCGUGGUCCAAGCACAAAAGCUUGAUGAGAUGCUUGAAAAGCGUGGGGUUAAGGUUGAUAAGGUUCUCAACUUUGCAAUUGAUGAUGCAAUCUUGGAGGAGAGGAUUACAGGUCGCUGGAUCCACCCUGCUAGUGGUCGGACAUACCACACAAAAUACUCACCUCCUAAAGUUUCUGGCGUAGAUGAUGUCACGGGAGAACCUUUGAUUCAACGUAAAGAUGAUACUGCAGCUGUUCUGAAGUCAAGGCUGGAAGCAUUUCAUAAACAAACUGAACCUGUAAUUGAUUACUAUGCAAAGAAGAGUAUUGUUGCGAACCUUCAUGCGGAGAAACCCCCAAAGGAGGUCACUGGUGAGGUUCAGAAGGUGCUCUCCUCGUGAAGACAAAAACCAAUCUUAUUAACUUGAAAAUGGAUUAAACAUUCGAGACUUGAAGAUUUUGCUCAUAUGUUUUCUCAUAUAUUUGAUAGAUCACUGACCCCCACCGGCCUUUCAUUUGGCUCUUUACUUUUUACUCUGUGCACUGGCUUUUUGUCGGUCCUUGAGUUCAAUUGAGUUAUGAAAAUAGAUUCUCAAGGACAUUGAUGUGGCUUGGGAUUUUUUUUUUAAUUUUUUUUUGCAUCUUUUGUCGGUGACAGUUUCUUUUCCUUGUGCUGGAAAAUGGAUUAAGCUGCAGAUAUGCACUGUGGGAUGGGGAAUGUUCCAAGAUUUAAAUAUGAUCGUGAGAUGUGUUUUGACAGUUCCCAUUCUGUCACCUUUGGUUUCUGUGAAAAAUUCCUGCAAGCUCAAUUAUCUUGUGAGAUUUAGGUGAAACAAGUUGUGUUA